GUCUGAGUACCCCUCACCCACCAGCCCCGAGGUGCGCCGAGAAAUCGGAGGCGAGGGGCGGGGCAAGGGGCGGGGCUGCGAGGCCCUGCGCGCGCGCUCCCGCCGCCUUCGCCCUCCCGUCGCCCACUGUCGGCCCCGGCGGGCGCGGCCCCGUUGCGCCUUCCCCUCCCCUUGCCCGCUGCGUCGCGAGGCGCGCGCCCGCCCGCCGCCUGCCGCGGAUCGCGUGGUCAGCUCGGCUCGCCGCGCCUCUCCCCCGUCCGUCCAUAUUGCUGCAGCCCCCGAGCCGGGAAGCCCGGGCCGCCCCGGCGGCGGGGGGGAGGGAGGGACGGGACGAGAAGCCUGCCAGGCUCGGGGUGGGGACGCCUUGCGAGGAACGGGCGGGGGGGGACGCGCGCCGAGGAGGCCUGGACCGCAUAGUGGGGGGCCUUCGUCCCCCCCCCCGCCCGGCCAGCGGGCCUUGGAUCUACGGCGGCUGCAUCCGACCCGGAGGGGCGCCGCGCCUAGCGUGAACCCCGACCCCCUCUCCGCCGGGACUGGGGCCCAGCGCCCCCCGGAGGAAGGCGUCGCGGGCGCUCGGAGAGCCAAGUUCGAGGCGGGGGAGGCAGCCUCGGGCGCGCCCGGCUUCUCCGGGGGGGCGGGCGCGCAGAUGGCCACUCAGGUGGAGCCGCUGCUGCCGGGGGGCGCCCCACUCUUGCAGGCCGAAGAGCACGGGGGGCUGGUGAGGAAGAAGCCGCCGCCGUCGUCCGAGGGCAAGGGCGAGCCCGGGGCGAACGACGUCGGAGGGGGAGAGCCGGACGGCGGCGCCCGGAGACCUCGGCCGCCCUGCGCCAAGCCACACAAGGAGGGCACAGGGCAGCUGGAGCGCGAGAGCCCGCGGCCGCCGCAGCCGCCUGGCGCCGAGGGCCCGGCCGUCAGCGACGGGGAGGAGGGCGGCGGCGGCGGCGAGCCGGCCGCUGGCGGAGGAGCUGCCGGAGCCGCGGGCGCCGGGCGCCGAGACUUCGUGGAGGCCCCUCCGCCCAAGGUGAACCCGUGGACUAAGAACGCGUUGCCGCCGGUCCUGGCCACCGUGAACGGACAGUCUCCUCCAGGAUAGAGAAAUGGGAGGCCCUUCGAAUGGUUGGUGCUGUAGGAGUGAAGAUUAGAAGAGGACUAGGUCUGGCAGCACGUGCCCCAAGGUGACCCGGUGCAGAUGCUGUGACUCCUGUUCCUCCAGACACAAGCUUUCACCUUUCUUCCCUCCCCUACACUGGGCCAGCGGUUGACACACCCUGAGCAGGCCAGGGAAGCCCUGCCCAAAUGGAGGAGGUAAUGCUCAGAAAUGCUCUCAAUUUCCCAGUAACAGCAGCACCUGCCCCUUUCCACUCUACCUUACUGAUCAGCUCUUCAAAAUAGAGCAUAAAGAGCGUAAAGCAUGGUUCUAGGAGGGGUGAGGAACACUCAAACAGCCAGGAUCAAGUAACUAAUAGGCUCACCAAUGAGUGAGAUGGGGUGGAAAAAUUUGUCAAUGGCCUUAAUCAGAGAUAUGUAUAAACUUCCAAAUAAUAGCUAACAAGUAAUGAGUACUUCCUGUGUGCUUCCCCAAGCGCUUUACAAAUAUCAACUCAUUUAAUCUGCAGAAUCCCAGUAGGUUAGAAACUCUAUUCCCAUUUACAGAAAUCCAGAGUCGCUGAGGUAGGAUUGGCAGAACCUGGACUCUGGAGCCCAGACUCUUUCUUAACCAUUGCACUGCCCUGCUGCUGGUAGUGAAGUGGGGUGAUCCGGGCUGACCUUGGGGAAGUAGCAGCCAGGUGAGCUUUCCACAGAGGCACCCAUUCCAUAAUUCUCACUUGUGUUUCUGCAGUUUGUUCUUCCUGAGCCUUGCCUCAAUCUCUCUGGGAGAGGCCAGGCCUAAGGGUUGCAGGUCUUACCUGGGGGUGAGGACAGAGUGGUCCCUGGAGGGAAAGUGCGUUGAAUCCACCACCACCCAUGUCAGCUCUCAAUGUCAGUCAUUAGUUUCAUGGGCUGGAUCCUUGGCAGUCUUACCCAUUUCUGUAUCUACAAUACAUAGUAUGGGCUAAAUGGUUGUUGAGAUGAAGGGCAUUUUUCAGUUGUUACCAAACUGGAAUUAUAAAUAUGUCUGUGACUGCUGUCCCUUCUCAUGCCCACAAAAGACGUUGCUAAUUGAUCACAGGCUUUUCCUGAGCCUGUUUACUGAGGAUCCUCAGUACAGCAUCCCAGGCAGUUGAGAUCAACCAAUUACAGGUGGAGUUAAGAUUAAGACUUUAUAUAAACUGAGCCCUCAGAGGAUAGGGACUGUCUUGUUUACCAUUACUUCCCCAGUGCCUGGCACACAAAAUCCCUCAUGUCAAUGGUGAUGUUUCAUGAUAAGAGUGGCAGGAGCCUAGGGCUGGCAUCUUCAAAAACAAGUUUAUUUUCUUGGGACAAGCCAGGAAGCUCACUGUGUCUCAGUUCUGUCUUAUUGUGUAAUAUGGGGAGAACCAUGUCCACCCUUCCUAACCUCAAACCGAAAUUGUGAGAUUUAGAUGCAGUGAUGGUUGAGGUAGACCUUAUGAGCUGAUUAGCCCUGGUCACCAACGAUAAGGAAGGGUAAUUUAUCUGAAUGGCUGGUUUAUGCUCUCUUCAGCUCUCCCCUGUGCCCUGGUGCAGAGCCUACGUAAAAUCUCUGCUUUUCUACCCCCCUUUCUCCCUCCUGUGUGUCCUUUGUCCUGUGGGGCCUCUGCAGUUUCUUCCAUCCUCUCCUUUCUGAUCUGCUGGAGGGGGCAAAAUUCUCCUGGGCUCGGUGCAGCCAGAGCCCAGGCCUUUGGGUUGCAGGCCACCCUAGAGCGUUGCCUUUGUAAU